AUGGAGAUUGAGGGGAUGCCUGAAGGUGGCUGGCCAGUGAACACACUGUCUUGGACGUGUCCGUGUCGUUACUGGAUGAAGUUUGCGGCAUGCAUCCGCACGUUGCUGGCAAAGCACGUCUGUGGCGUUCACGCAAUGGACAAGCGUGAGAGACUCGUAUACCGUGGGCUACACAAGCGUCAAGGUGCCUACGGCGGUGGACUUCCUGGUCGCCCUUGCUUCAAUGCUUCAGCGCUACAGAUAGAAUCAGAUAAAGCACUGGUUAAUGAAUUCGUUACGAGCAAUAACACUGCAUAA